GGACCUUUCCUUUCCGAGCCAUGUCUAUCGUCCUCCCUGGCGAGCGUAUUCCCGCCCAACAUGUAAAUCUCAAACUGGGACCUGGUUUGCUGCAAAUACCGAGUACCCAAAAGGAAAGCCCUGUUAUUGCCACUCGUGCUGGCAACUUGGAACAUUCUGUGAACCGUAGCAAGUGGUGGGUGGAAAGUAAUGCGCGACGGUAUGUUCCUGCGGCUCAAGAAUCUGUAGUAGGAGUGGUGGUUGGGCGAAGCGGUGAAGGUUGGCGUGUUGAUAUCGGUUCAGCACACAGUGCUUCUUUGGACGGGCUGGCUUUUGAAGGGGCAACGAAAAGAAACAGACCAAAUCUGAAGGUCGGGUCACUGGUUUAUGCGCGCGUUUCUCUUGCUCAUAAAGAUAUGGAACCUGAACUCGAGUGUUUCGACGCACAAAGUCGCAAAUCAGAAGGUUUUGGCGAACUAAAAGGAGGAUUCGUGGUGAGCUGUAGCCUCAGAAUGAGUCGAAUUUUGCUGGAUCCUAAACAUUUCCUGCUGCCACUCUUAGGAGCACGUUUCCCUCUAGAGGCUGCGGUAGGCGUGAAUGGGAAGGUUUGGAUCAGUACAAAAGAUCCUCGUCAGACUAUAGCUGUCUUGAGGUGCAUCAAAGCGGUUGAUCCAGAUGGAGGAGGUAUGGGCGAAAGUGUUAUUAAAAUUUUUCUCGGCACAUUAGAAAUAUAG